AUGACGAGUGCGCCAGCGCCCUUUGGCGUCCCUGCGCUGGCGGCAGAAGCUGGCGCAGAACUCCAGGACGCCUUCUCCGCUCGCCCCUUUGAAGAGAACGAGUCAGGAUCCCAGACGCGAACCUAUGCAGACGAGACAAAGCCUAGCACGGCAAGUUCUGUGACUGCGGGGAAGGUCUCUGAGCUGGAAGGCGAUGAUGGAAUAACCAAGGACCAGGAGCACGAACUUCAGGGCCUCGCCCGCCAGGUCUCCCGGAUCUCCAGGCGGAGCAGCGUGUACAAUCACGAGAACGUCGUCAAUCCCUUCUUGGACACCGAGGCCGAUCCGGAACUGAAUCCUGCCAGUCAGCAGUUCAAGGUGCGGAAAUGGCUCAAGACCAUUCUGCACAUCCAGUCGCGGGACCCGGAUAUGUUUCCAAAACGGACUGCUGGGGUGUCCUUUCGCAAUAUGAACGUCUACGGAUAUGGAACUGCCGCGGAUUACCAGGCAGAUGUGGGGAAUACUCCUCUCAAAGCUGUUGAGCCAUCAGAACCUCGUUGGCCUUGGAAGAAAGUCGCAUUGAUAUUCUCUGACUUUGAUGGUGUCUCUGGUGGCGAGCGCAAGCGUAUCAGUAUCGCCGAAACCACUCUGAGUGGCAGCCCUCUGCAAUGCUGGGAUAACAGCACCCGUGGUCUUGACAGUUCCACCGCUCUUGAGUUUGUCAAGUCAUUGCGCUUAUCGACACAGUAUUCCGGCACCACUGCCAUCGUGGCCAUCUACCAGGCCGGCCAGGCGAUUUAUGAUAUUUUCGACAAAGCCAUCCUCCUAUACGAAGGUCGCCAGAUCUUCUUUGGCAAUGCUGUCCACGCCAAACGCUACUUCGUCGAGAUGGGUUUCGAGUGCCCAGACCGCCAAACAACAGCUGAUUUCCUGACAUCGAUCACGAAUCCCGCCGAACGAAUAAUCCGUCCUGGAUUCCAGGAUAAAGUCCCCCAUACCCCAGACGAAUUCGCCCAGCGGUGGAAGUCCAGCCCCGAACGCCAGGCGUUGCUAGAUGAUAUUGAAGAAUAUAAUUCAGAGUUCCCCCUCGGCGGCGAGCAAUUGGAGAAGUUCCAGCACUCCAGAUCAGCAGAAAAGUCCAAGUCUGUUCGCAAAUCAUCUCCCUAUACCUUGUCGUAUGGUCAGCAGAUCAAACUGUGUAUCUGGAGAGGAUUCAAUCGUCUAAAAGGAGACAUGUCCAUGACGCUUACCAGCGUUAUCGGCAACAUUGUUAUGUCGUUGAUCAUUUCCAGCGUGUUUUACAACCUACCCGAUGAUACCAGCUCGUUCUUCGGCCGCGGCUCCCUGCUUUUCUUUGCUAUCCUCAUGAACGGCUUUGCCAGUUCAUUGGAGCUUUUGACCCUCUGGCAGCAACGCCCAAUCGUUGAGAAACAUGAUAAAUACGCCCUCUACCAUCCAUCCGCCGAAGCGAUCAGUUCGAUGAUUGUGGAUCUACCGUCAAAAGCGAUUGUUGCGAUCGUAUUCAACUUAAUCCUCUACUUCAUGGUUAACCUUCGCAGGACGCCUGGUCACUUCUUCAUCUUCUUCCUCUUCUCCAUUUCCACGACCCUGACCAUGUCCAACAUCUUCCGCACCAUUGGCGCCGUCUCUAGAACCCUUGCCCAGGCUUUGGUUCCGUCCGCGAUUUUCAUGCUUGCGUUGGUCAUCUACACCGGUUUCACGAUUCCUGUUCGAGACAUGCGUCCAUGGUUCAAAUGGAUUAGUUACAUCAAUCCGAUCCAGAUAUGCUCUGCCACUGGCGCACAACCGGGUCAGACCUUUGUUGAGGGCGAUGCAUUCCUGAACAUCACAUACAAAUACUUUGCUUCGCAUCUCUGGCGGAAUUUUGGUAUCAUUUGCGCGUUUUUCGCCUUCUCGCUGUUCACCUAUCUCUCCGCAACCGAGCUCGUCAGUGCCAAACCGUCCAAGGGAGAAAUUCUCGUCUUCCCCAGGGGCAAGGUGCCGUCAUAUCUGAAGAGCAAGAAGAGAUCUGACGAUCCCGAACUCGCGGAAACCAUGCACGAGAAGCAGAAGCUGGAGAGUGGUGGACAGGAUCAAGUUGGAGCGAUUGUGAAGCAGACCUCCAUCUUCCACUGGCAGGACGUCUGCUACGACAUUAAGAUCAAAGGCCAACCCCGCAGAAUUCUGAAUCAAGUUGACGGAUGGGUCAAACCGGGCACCCUGACUGCGCUCAUGGGUGUUUCCGGUGCGGGUAAGACGACGCUGCUUGACGUUUUGGCGGAUCGUGUCACUAUGGGCAUCGUGACUGGUGAGAUGCUGGUUGAUGGACGCUUGCGCGACGACUCGUUUCAACGAAAGACAGGUUACGUGCAGCAGCAAGAUUUGCACCUCGAGAUUAGUACGGUUCGAGAGGCCCUGGUGUUUUCUGCGUUACUCCGACAGCCUGCGACGACUCCUCGGGAAGAGAAGGUGGCCUACGUGGAAGAAGUUAUCAAAAUGCUUGGUAUGGAAGAGUACGCUGACGCCGUUGUUGGUGUCCUUGGUGAAGGUUUGAACGUGGAACAACGCAAGCGUUUGACAAUCGGUGUCGAGAUUGCUGCAAAGCCCGAUCUUCUUCUCUUCUUCGAUGAGCCUACUUCCGGUCUUGACAGCCAGACUGCCUGGUCCAUCUGUACACUGAUGCGCAAGCUUGCAGACCAUGGACAAGCGAUUCUGUGUACCAUUCACCAGCCGUCCGCCAUGUUGAUGCAGCAAUUCGACCGUUUACUCUUUUUGGCAGCCGGUGGCAAGACCGUCUAUUUUGGCGACCUGGGUAAAAACAUGACCACUCUUAUUGACUACUUCGAGAAGAAGGGAGCGCACAAGUGUCCCCCCAAUGCUAAUCCUGCCGAAUGGAUGUUGGAAGUCAUUGGUGCUGCUCCUGGCUCUCAAACCGACAGGGACUGGCCUGAAGUGUGGAGUAACAGCCCCGAACGUGAGGACGUCCGUCGCCAGUUGGCGGAGAUGCGGGCGGAACUGUCCCAGAAACCCCAGGCUCCUCGUUCUGCGGGAUACGGUGAAUUUGCGAUGCCGUUUUGGCAACAAUACCUCGCCGUCCAGCACCGGAUGUUUCAACAGUAUUGGCGUAGUCCGGAAUACAUCUACUCGAAGCUCGCUCUGUGUAUUAUACCGCCGCUGUUCAUCGGAUUCACCUUUUACAAGGAGCCCAUCAGUCUUCAGGGCUUGCAGAAUCAAAUGUUUGCCAUUUUCAUGUUCCUGAUCCUCUUCCCCAACCUGGUGCAGCAGAUGAUGCCGUACUUUGUUACCCAGCGAUCUCUGUACGAAGUGAGAGAACGGCCAUCCAAAGCAUACUCCUGGAAAGCCUUUAUGCUCUCUAGCGUUCUGGUCGAGCUUCCGUGGAAUACGGUGAUGGCGGUUCCCGCAUUCUUCUGUUGGUACUAUCCAAUUGGUUUCUUCCGCAAUGCCAUCCCGUCGGAUGCUGUGAACGAACGCGGUGCAACCAUGUUCCUACUUAUCUGGAUCUUCCUCAUGUUUAGUUCUACAUUCAGUUCGAUGAUCAUUGCGGGUGUUGAGCAGGCUGAGACGGGUGGAAACUUGGCUCAGCUGCUCUUCUCCCUGACGCUGAUCUUUUGCGGUGUCCUGGCAACCCCACAAGCCAUGCCGCGCUUCUGGAUCUUCAUGUAUCGUGUCUCCCCAUUCACCUACUACGUUUCCGCCGUGCUAUCUACGGGUGUGGCAAACACCAAUGUCAACUGCGGCCCCAACGAACUACUUCGACUCGUCCCGCCUGCCGCCCAGCAAUGCGGCGAAUAUCUCAAGGAUUAUAUUGCCGUGGCUGGUGGCACACUCCUCAACCCGACAUCGACCACGGAAUGCGAGUUUUGCCCCGUGGCGGACACCAACACAUUUUUGCAAAAGGUAAACAUCGCGUAUCACGACCGCUGGAGGAACAUUGGAAUCUUGUUCGUGUAUAUUAUCAUCAACGUGGCUGGAGCAAUCGCCUUUUACUGGCUGCUACGAGUGCCGAAGAAGUGGUCGAAGAAGGCGAAGAAGGAUUGA